AUGGUAAACAUGUCGCCAACUCCCACCAAAAUGCCCUUCAAACCAUUUCCUUUCUUUGACCUUCCAGGUGAAAUCCGGAACAAGAUCUAUGAUCUGGUUAUCCAAGAGUCUCGUGGAAUCAUCACAGGAAGCCACCCAAACAAAGAGUGGGCCCGUCUUCAGAAAUCGAAUCCCAAUCAGAAGCAUGUACGACCUCGCUUCCGAUUGUAUGGGCACUUUAGCCAACACGGAGCUGGCGCACCUCUAUUGCUUGUCUGUCGUCAAAUGAAUGAAGAAGCAGUACAACAUGUCUAUGCAAGAACCACUUUCCAUUUCGAAAACAUGAAUACCAUCCACAAGUUUCUUGACAUUGUCCCGGCUGCUGGUGCUCAAAGUAUUGAAACUUUGGAAAUCCGACAAAUAGGUUAUGGAGAACCGCAAUGGACCGACGAUCGCGAGUGGAAGUUGCGACAUGAUGACAAAUGGAAGAAGACUCUAGGCAGAGUCCGGGAGAGAGUGCUUGCUCUUCAGACACUCACACUCAACAUCACAGUUUUCGACUGGCCUUGUCGACUUGAGAUGGACGCUCCAUGGGCUAGGAAUCUGCUCAAAUUCGCUGGCGAUGGACUGGACCGAGUCAAUGUGUCCUUUGAACAUGACCGUUUCAGCUUACUAAAAAUAUGCGAGACCGCUCAGUUGCUGGAGAAGAAAAUGAUGACUUCAGAGGGUGCCAAGAAGAAAAUCCAGGAGGUCAAACUUGAAAAGCAGCGUCAGGCUCUAGCACAGCGGAAGACAAGGGUCCUGACCAUUCUACUGCCCAGCACACAGCAUCUGAACGUCGGCCCAGCCAAGAAGGUCGUGAAGAGCAAGGGACUCGAACAAUACUCAAUGGGACAACUCCCUGUUGCUGUGUGUCCUUGA